AUGGACUCUAAACUGAAGCAAGUUGACGAGAACCUACAUGCCAUAGAUCUAAUUGUUGAAAAUAGAGACCUGGAUGAGGUUGAAGGUAGAAGGAGAAGAGAGGUAAGGGGUGAAGUGUGGAGGCUUAGAAAGAUGAUGGAAAGAAUUUGGCUACAGAAGUCAAGGCUGAACUGGAAUCUUAAAGGAGAUAAAAAUACAAUUUUUUUCCACAUCAUAGCUACUAAAAGACAGAACACCAAUGCAAUUGAUUCCAUGUCAGUGAAUGGGGAAUUAGUGAAGGAACUUGUUGAGGUCAAACAAGCUGUGUAUGAUCACUUCAGGUUAAGUUUUUCUGAGCAAUGGAAGUAUAGACCCAAGCUUUUGGGCCCAUUUAAUGUGAUUGCACAGAGCCAGCAUUCAGCUGUUUGGAUGUGGAAUUUUAUGAACAUGAAAUUUGGGCAGCAGUGGCAGACUGUGCUUGCUAAUAGAUUGAAAGACGUGCUUCCUGUUGUUAUAGAUAAUGCUCAAUCUGCAUUUCUAGGGGGUAGGAAUAUCCUAGAAGGUGUAUUGAUAGCCAAUGAGGUGGUGGACUAG